AUGUUCAGUAGCGACUACACGAUUGAGUGUGUGUUCAAACGGAGAACCGCAUCGAAGAACUUGGAAGCUAAACACGUUACGUUUGCUUGUCCGUCAUCGGGAGCAAAACAACUUCGAGAAUCUAAGUACGACCAACGCAAACGCCAAACACAUCAGCAAAACGGAAAGGAGAAGAAGGCGAAAUGCUCGGAACAGAGUGCCCAACUGCACCAGUGCGAAGAGAUCCUUGCUGAAGUCGAAUAUCGCCACAAAAUCAUUGAAGAGAAGGUGCGUGCAAACCGUAGUUCGGCUUCAAGAGCAUUGAAUGAAAUGGGUGAACUUGUGUGCCAAUUUGCAGAAUUAGAUAACAAGUUAAAUUGUUUGGAGGAGGACAUCAUCCGUAUUGAGAAUGAAGAACCCGCAUAUAUUGAGGAGCUAGUUGCAAUCGAUGAACUUGUGAAAGAUGCCGAGAGGUGCGUUUCGGAGCACGAAAAAUUCGAUUCUUUUCUCUCUGAUUUGGCUGAUCGUAUGAGCGACUCAAGUGAACAGUCUGAAUACACCCAGCUUUUCUACGAGGCACUUCCAACUAUAGAAAGGAUGCUAUCCAAGAAAUGUUGA